AUGAGGCUGCUAGCAAUUAUUGCACCGCUAACACUUGCCGCUGCCCAUCCUGCUGUCCCGGAAGACUGGCCUAAAAGCCUUAAUGUCCGAGCCGAGUUGGAUACAUGGACCAAGCUUAAUAUAACUAUUGAGAAUAAAAGCCCAAAGGCUUUUAAUAUCCUCAAAGCCGGUAGUGUUCUUGAUGGUAACCCCCUAGAAUCAAUGCGCGUUUUUCUCGAGCGAAGCUGCAGAGUGGGUAUUACGAACAGCUUUGACCGGCCACGUACCGACCCAAAAAAUGAGUCAGAGUUCCAAUUUAUGCCAGUAGGGGGGAGCAUUACUACAACUAUCGACUUGCUCGAUGUUCGUAACGCCUCUGGGUUUUGCGGUAACAAAAACACUCUUUUCUGGAUCGAUGCUACCUUUCGUACCGCCGAGGCUGGAAGCACGAAGCUAGUCCGCUCUAUUCGAUACAAGUUAGACAAUGCAUUAAUCUACCCUAAGUUUUUUCCCCCCCUGCCGGAAGCAUUUGAGGAGAGAGUCUAUAAGUGCCCUCCUGAUUAUCUGAGCGUGCUAAAGGAAGGCAUUCUUGGCUGUGCGUCUUUAGCUACAGCGGCGCGGAAAGCUGCCUUGACUGGUUCAGCUGAGCUAAUGGAGGGCUAUUUCAAGGACUCAAGCCAGGAAACCAGGAACUCUGUCGCCAAUACCUUCGAUAAAGUCGCUACCUUGUGUAGCCUCAACAAUACACGACUUUACAUUACUUGCAGUCCUAACAGAUGCCGCCGCCCUGUCUUUGCCUCUAUAUUCCGCGAUUCAGACCCAGCCAAUUUGAUGUUUUGCAAGCGAGGUUAUUUCCAACCUAUGUUUCCGGAUUUUGACGAAAUAUCCUCUAUUAUCCACACCGUAAUUCAUGAAUUUACUCAUUCCAAAUGGAUCAAGGAUACUCAGGAUAUAGCAUACGGCCUACAUAAAGCUACGAACCUCAGGAAGGAUGAGAGCAUAAUGAAUGCUGAUACCUACGCCCUCUUCUCUGAUGCAGUUUACCUAAACGAGGAUAGGCUGAAUAAAACGAGGGUCGACGAUUUCCGGGCGAGGAUUAAAAAAAUUCAACCUAACCUUGACAAAUUAGGGGAUAUUACUAGAUCGGAAUUCCUAAGCCUUCCACCCAAGGUUCGUCAAGAGCGAUUUGGCUUUGAGGUUUAA